AUGACAAGCGAAGCGACAUCCUUGCUACCACCCCGCACACCGACCGACAGCGACGUCGAGGCAGCUCUCACCAUCGAGACGCCGAUGAAUCCGCGCACUGAGAUCCUCGCUCUCCUCCACUUGGCUGGCCCUAUGUUUGCGACCUUCUUGCUCGAGAUCUUGCCGGGUUUCCUCUCCAUCGUGCUCGUGGGACACAUGAACUCGCCGCACACCAAAGAGUUUGUGGACGCUGCCACCAUGUCGACUGUCUUCUUCAACGUCUGCGGCCUCUCGAUCGGCGUCGGCCUCACAACGGCCAUGGACACACUCUGCUCACAGUGCGUCGGUGCCGGCAAGGAGCACCUUCUCGGCAUGUACCUCCAAAGCGGCCUCGUUGUUCUCCUGCUGGCGUACGUGCCGAUGCUGGUGCUGAAUUGGCACACGACGUACUUUCUCGAAGCCUUGGGACAGGACCCGAUGGUCGCGACGCUCGCGGGCGACUUUUCCUGCAUCACCAUCUUCUCGCUGCCACUCAUCUUUGUCUACGAGCUUCUCAAGAAGGUACUCCAGGCCCAGGAGAUCGUGUCGCCCAUGGUCUACAUUGCGGUCCUCAGCAACUUUAUCUUUGUCGCUGUCGGUUAUUACCUCUGCUACGUCACCGACAUUGGAUUCCUCGGAGCUGCGUAUGCUCGGGUCUGGUGUACUGCUUCGAUGCCGAUCCUGGCACUCCUCUACUUGGCGCGGCGCCCAGUGUACAAGUCGUGGUGGCCCACCGACACGUCGGCCGCGAGUCAGUGGCGCGACGCAGUCGCUCACGUUCCCGAAUUCAUCACCCUCGGUAUUCCAGGUGCCUACGUAAAUGCGGCUGCGUACUACGCUGUGGGCAUCCCCAUGGCGGCUCUCUUUGGCUUUUACUUUGAGGGCAACGUGUUCGGUCUCUGGGCUGGUAUUGCCCUUGGCCUCCUUACGGCGUGCUGCAUCUUUUCGUGGAUUUUGCGGGGCACGGACUGGCGCGCGGCCGCCAGGAAUACAUUUGAGCGCAUGGCCGACACGUCGUCCAAGUACUAGUCACUAUGUGAGGUUCCUUGCCGUCUCACAUCACUUGCCAAUCUACAAAUGUGAUGUACCAGCUUUGUGCCUGCACGCACAAUUGCAUGAAUAAAUAUGUUCAGGACUUUUCAG